CCGCGGGGCCGGAGAGGCCCGGCUUGGGGCGACCUCACUGCCCAUGCCUGCACCCCUCAGGCGGCUGCCGACGGGGGACCGGGCGGGAGAAGGGUGGUGAGGGCGCCAGGGCCGGCUCUCCGCGUCCUGGGACUGCUUUCUUCUGCCGCCUACAGGCAGCGGCCUCUCCGUCGGUGUUCGGGCUGCGGGCAGGCCAGGUCCCUGCACCCACCAGACUGCAGCACCAUGAGCUUCGUGGCGUACGAGGAGCUCAUCAAAGAGGGUGACACGGCCAUCCUGUCCCUGGGCCACGGUGCAAUGGUGGCCGUGCGUGUGCAGCGUGGGGCACAGACCCAGACCCGGCAUGGCGUCCUGCGGCACUCGGUGGACCUCAUCGGCCGCCCCUUUGGUUCCAAGGUGACCUGUGGCCGCGGUGGCUGGGUGUAUGUUCUGCACCCCACGCCGGAGCUCUGGACGCUGAACCUGCCGCACCGCACCCAGAUCCUCUACUCCACAGACAUUGCCCUGCUCACCAUGAUGCUUGAGCUCCGGCCUGGCUCUGUGGUCUGUGAGUCUGGCACCGGCAGCGGCUCCGUGUCCCACGCCAUCAUCCGCAGCAUCGCGCCCACCGGCCACCUGCACACGGUAGAGUUCCACCAGCAGCGGGCAGAGAGGGCCAGGGAGGAGUUCCAGGAGCACCGGCUGGGCCGCUGGGUGACCGUGCGGAACCAAGACGUGUGUCGCAGUGGCUUCGGCGUGACCCACGUGGCAGACGCCGUCUUCCUGGACAUCCCAUCGCCGUGGGAGGCCGUGGGCCACGCCUGGGACGCGCUCAAGGUGGAAGGUGUGUGGGGGCUUGGGGUGGCCUGAAGCCCAGUGGGGUCAGCAAGGGUGGCUGUAGCCAGUGGCCCAGGCCCAGUGGGCCUGAGGAGGGCGGCCUGGGCUGCUGGGAGCAGGGUCAGGGGCACAGAGAGGCUUGGGGGCCGAGAGCUGGAGGAGCCGGGCCUGGAGGGCGCCAGGCCGGCCGUGGCCCCGCCCUGCAGCUCCCCACCCCCAGUCCAGAGGUGGGAGAUUCCUGAGGCGCUGGGGAAUGGCAGCCCCACCAGCCCCUUUUAGGGAAGACAGGCGGAGGCGAGGUUGGCGCCCAGCCAGAGAGGCCCUGGGUUUUUCCCUUUUCUGGAGAAGGAGGCUCAGCUGGAGCAGCAGCCCCUCCCCCCAAGCUGGAAGGUGCUGGGGAGGGCAGUGGGGAGGGCAGAUGCGGGCCGGGCUUCAGCAACUGGUCAGUGACCGAGGGUCCUCUGGGGCCUGGCCCUGUCCGCUCUCUGUCUUGGACUUCCGGAGCCGGGUCUCUGCUGAGCUGGCCUGUGACCUGCGAGGGGAUGCUGGCUUCCGGCUUCGCCCCUGGAACCGCGGACCCCCUGGGGGCACCUCCAGGCGCUGCCAGCCUCCCUGUGCCCUCCCCCGCCUGAGCCUGGCCCAGGGAGCUGUGCCUCUGCCCCCUUCUGGACCUGCUUGCGCUGGGUGCAGAGGCCUCUCUCGUCGCCACCCCGCUUGCGCCGGCCCCCGCUCUCCAGGCCACGCACAGGAGCGCCUCGCCUGCCCACCCACGUGUCCCUCGGGCCACACCCGCUGCAGGGCUGUCCCCUCGGCCGGGCGCAGGGUGGUCCAGGCCUGCCGCCCUCCUUGCCCGGCCCCAGCGCCUAGGCUGCCGCUGCCGGCCCCGCUGGGGGUGCCGGGAAGGGCCCGUCGACAUCCACCCCGCGCCGGCCCGCGCUCCUCAGAGUGGGCUCCCCUGUCCCGGGAGCAGCGACAGCCUCUGAC